UAUUACAUUGGCGCUGGCUCGAGGCUGCGGAGAUCCACACGUUAGCAUGGGUUAGCAGACGCACCACGUGUUCCUCCAGUCGAUCGGAUACUCAGCGCGUAGCACUUUUAAAACUCAUCAACAUCUCACAGCACUGCGAUCGGAACCAGAACUGCGGCUCAAAACACUUACAAGAGGUGGAGGAGUUUAUGGAAACAGACGUCAGAGAUAGUAAAUAAAAGCUCAGCGUGAUCUGAACCUUUCUAUAAAGCUGACCACUUUCUGACCACAGACACAAACCCGCCAUCACAGAAGACACCUGCAUGCUGGACAAAGAUGCGUGGCUCAGUGACGGGAUGUUUGCUGCUGAUAUGCGUUGUUACUCUUCUGGCCGAACAGGCUGAAGGACACAUCGCAUUUUUCAGCCCCAAGGAGAUGAGAGAGCUCAGGGAAAAGGAGGGGAGGAAGGAUGCUGAUUCACGAGCAGAAGGGCUUUUAGUGGAUGAAACGUCUCCAGAAGAGGAUGGAGGAGAUUUGACGCCUAUAGAAAUAGGGUUGAAGCUAACUGCUAAAAAGAGCCAUAUUGGGUCUGCUUUCGGUAAGAUGCUGCAGAACAUCGUAGAAGAGCCAGACAAUGAGAAUUAAAGCUGGCAUUUUUAUCUGCAUUCAGUGACAAUUGCGGUCUGAUGAUUCACCACAACUGCAAGCACAAAGCCUUUGUCUAAGAAUGUAAAAAUGUAAAAAGAAUCACAAUAAAAUGAAAUUGCAUGUAAA